ACCGCAGAACAUGGCGGACACAAGGACAGCACCUCGGACGUCUGGAGAAGAGAACUCAGAGAUCCAGUUAGAAAUUAGACAAGAAACGUUUCUUUACCCAGUGGAUAAAUCGCCUUCCCUCAUCUUUCUCCCGCUGCAUGGAUUACAGGAAGCUAUUGUCAGCAUUUCCGGUGCAUUGGGCAGUGCAGUCCUCCUCGCCAAUCAGAUCGGAGCUGGUCAUUUAACGGAAGUGAGGUCCCAGAUUCUGAGUCUGUUCCUUUUUACAAGUGGCGUUGCCAGUUUAUUGCAGGUCUGCAUAGGGUGUCGAUUACCGGUCAUUCACGGUCCUAACACGUCAUAUCUGAUUGCAAUAGCUGCCAUUCUCAAUGCCCCAAAAUGGAGUGAUGAAUCUCUGGGCAUGGAUGGAUCUGCCAAUGUCACCUCAUCUACCAACUGGAAGAUCCGAAUGAGAGAGAUCCAGGGUGACCUAAUGCUGGCCUCAGGGGUUCAGUUCCUUCUGGGAAUAACGGGAAUUCUGGGCUUCCUCCUAAGGUUCAUCGGUCCUCUGACAGUGGCUCCAACUGUACUUGUCCUCGGAUUAACGCUAUGUCGUUACGUUAUACCGCUGUGUGAACAACACUGGGGAAUAGCCAGCUUAUCGAUCGUGCUCGUCCUGGUGUUUUCCAUGUUUCUGGCGAAGGUCAGUAUUCCCUUUCCUGGCUACAACAGGAAGAAGAAAUGUCACGUGACUCACUAUCCGCUGUUUCAGCUGAAUGCUGUGGUUCUGGCAAUCGGACUGUCUUGGUGUUUGUGUCAUGUGCUAACGGUCACAGAUGUGUUGUCUAGCAACUCCACUGUCCAUGGUUACAUGGCUAGAACUGACGUCAGAACAAGCGCCCUCUACAAUGCUCCGUGGUUCUAUUUCCCUCUGCCAUUUCAGUUCGGAACACCGACCAUAAGCUCCUCGGGUUUCACGGCCAUGUUUAUCAUCACCAUAGUUACGAUCAUCCAGGUACCAGGCUUUUACUCUGCAACGGCCAGUGUAGUAGAGUUACCUCCCCCUCCGGCCCACGCCUUGAAUAGAGGGAUAGCCGUGGACGGUAUAAGCUCUGUAAUCAGCGGCAUGCUGGGUGGGGUGUAUUCAAGCAUCUUGUACAUACAGAGCCUUGGGGUGGUCACUGUCACUAAGGUUGCGAGUCGGAGUGUGUUUGUGACAGCGGCCUUGAUUCUGAUGAUAGGGGGCGUCGUAGGCAAGGUUGGGGCGGUGUUCACAAUCAUCCCCGACCCAGUAGUUGGCGGGGUCAACUUUGUGGCAGUGAGCACAGUGACGGCAGUGGGCGUGUCUAUGUUGAAUGCAGUCGACCUGUCUUCCUCCAGGAACCUCCUAAUCCUGGGGAUAUCGCUCUCUCUGGGUCUCCUCCUGCCAGACUGGAUGGCCGCUAACGAAAACGCUAUCAAUACAGGCAACGAAGUACUCGAUCAGUUACUGGAGAUGCUGCUGGUGACACCCAUGUUCGUGACCAUGUUCUUGGGAUGUGUCCUGGACAAUCUGGCUCCAGGUACACGGGAGGAACGUGGCAUGGCCAAGCGAAAUUUAGAAGCAGCAUGUGACACUCAAGAGACAACAGAUGACCCGUACAGGCUACCAUACAUCAGCACCUUCAUGGACAAACUCGGAUGCUGUUCAUAUUUCCCUGCGUCUCCCACGUUCAAACAGGUGUUGGUAACGUGUAACAAGGACAAGGAGGGAGAACACAUUGUAGAAUAGUAUUUGAACAGCCAUAUUAGACAAAUUUAUACACACAUAGAUAAUUUGUCAAAUCUGUGUAAAAUGCUCUCCUGAAAGAACAUUAAGAACCAGAUUAUCACAUGUUUGUGAAAGCUGGCUCAAAGAUAAUAAACAAACAAACAAACCAUGAAUUAAUGAUACAAGAAAGAAAGGGAUAAGAGAUCAUUAGCAGUCAAAGUUAGGCCACCGUACUAGUAAUAUUUGAUCGAAUAUUUCAAAAGAAUAUCGAGAUACGAUUCAGGCAAAUGUUUCAAGAGCUGAUCGUGAUUAUUAUCAG